AUGCAAAACCAGUUUCUUCUCUCUCCUCUUCUUGUGCUCAUCCUUGCUUCAAAUGUUGUCUCCCUUCCGAGCUUGUGUCAACCCGAAACAUGUGGAAGCAUAAAGAUCCCUUACCCAUUUGGAAUCCAAGAAGGUUGCUACCUCAACGAAUGGUACAAAAUUGAAUGCAGAAACGCUACUUUCCCGUUCCUUUCCAAGAUGCGCAUGGAAGUUGUGGAUAUUUCUCUUCCUGAAAAUGGAGCUAUUACUUACACUGUUGUUGCCGAGGCUUAUGGAUCGGUUCGUAUCAAAGUCCCUAUAACAUCUGUUGGAUGUUCCAGAGAUGGUAAGGAGUCUACAUCGGUUUUGAAUUUUACGGAUAGCCCCUUUUUCAUUGGGAGUGGAAACAGCCUCGUAGCUGUUGGUUGCAACAGCAAGGCAUCGUUGACUAACAUCGAGACAAGCAUCUACCAAAAAUCCUUGUAA